AUGGAUCUUGAAGUUCUCGCUGGAACCCUAUUCAUUGCAUCUCAAACAGUGGCAGCCAUGAAAGCUUUCACUUUCAUGAGACAAAUAAAAAUGAUUAAAGAGCUGAUGUCUAAACUGAAUGAUGAUAUUUUUCAACCACGAACACAAGAUCAAAGAACAACAGUAGCCUCAAGCUUGCAAUUUUGGUGGAGACUUUACGUCGGAUAUCAAAUUGCUCUUGGUAGCACUGUAGUUAUGUGGAUCAGUUUUCCACUUCUGGAUAAAUCGUACAAAGAAUCACGCUUGCCAUUCGUCGCUUGGUAUCCAUACGACUAUACCAAAAGUCCGCUUUACGAAAUCACUUACAUUUAUCAAAGUUUUAGUCUGGUUUUUCUUAACGUGUUUAAUUCGAACUUGGACAUGUUUUCAGUGUGUUUAAUGAUUUGUAUUGGAGCUCAGUGUGAUAUUUUGUGUGAUAAUUUGAAAAUGCUUGAACGGUCUGACGAAGAUUAUAAUGGUUUUAACGAGACGUUAGUCGAUGUAAUCCGAGAACACAAGGAGAUUUUGACGACUGACGAGAAACCAAAUUAA